AUGAUAAUUGGAGAUUUCAACACUGUUAUGUUAGUUAAUGAAAAAAACGGAGGUAGAAUUCCUCUGUCAACUGCCCUUAAUGAUUUCAAUGACUGGAUUUAUAACUGUGGUCUUAUUCAAGCUCCAAAAAGUGGAUUGCAAUUAUCUUGGUCUAAUGGAAGAUGUGGUAGGAAAAGAAUUUUAUGCAAUCUUGAUAGAGCAUUCUAUAACUUACAAUGGUUAAACAAGUACAGUGGAUGGAAAUAUAAUGUGUCAUCAAGAGGAAUUUCAUAUCAUAGUUUUCUUGUUGGUUCUAAUAUAGAGAUCUCUAAACCAAAAAAUUCUCCAUUCAAAUUUCAAACUAUGUGGACUACUCACCCUGAAUUUCUGAAACUGGUCCUUGAUUCUUGGAAUGAAAUAUUGCUUGGAAAUCCUAUAUUUGUCUUUAUGAACAAAUUAAAAAGACUGAAGAAAAUAUUAAAACUGUGGAAUUGGGAAGUCUUUGAUGAUAUUUAUGUCAAGUUGAAAAAGGCUGAGGAUGAGGUGCAGGAAACAAAUAUAGUGUCUGAUGAAGAUCCUUCUAAUAUUGUCCUUCUUAACAAUUACAUUACAGCAAGGGGAGAAAGAGAUGUAGCUGCUCAAAAUUACCAUAAUUUUCUAAUCCAGAAAGCAAGAGUGAAUUGGAUUAAAUUUUGGGAUGCUAAUACUGCUUUUUUUCAUACUUCUAUCAAGCUGAGACAAACAAAAAACACUAUUGUUGAACUUACAGAUGAUUCAGGGGUGAUUUUUUCAGACCAAGACCAAAUAGCCACUAUGCUAAUUGAAUAUUUCAAGACUAAAUUUUCAUAUCAACCAGUUCAGAUUACUGAGUCCAUUCUUGAUGCAAUUCAAAAUGCAGUUUCUCAUGAAGACAAUACUUUAAUAGAAAAAAUCCCCUCAAAGGAGGAUAUUAGAGAAGCUGUUUUCCAACUAAAUCAAGACGGAUCUCCUGGACCAGAUGGUUUUACUGGGAUUUUCUACAGAAUAGCUUGGGACAUUAUUAGUGAAGAUCUUACUGCAACUAUCCAGUUUUGCUGGCUCAACCAAGUAAUUCCUGCUGGUCUUAAUUCAAAUUUCCUUAUUCUUCUGCCUAAAACCAAAGAAGCUAAAAAGGUAAACCAGUUCAGACCUAUAGGCUUAAGUAAUUUCUGCUUUAAAAUUAUUACUAAGAUCAUAACUAUAAGAAUAAGCAGUUUCCUUCAUAAGCUCAUUUCUCCUCAACAAUGUGCAUUUGUCAAAGAAAUCAAUAUUCAUGAACAGAUACUUUUGGCUUCAGAACUUGUUAAUGAAAUGAGUAGCCAAAGAAGAGGAGGGAAUGUAGGCCUUAAACUUGACAUAACUCAAGCAUAUGAUACUUUAAGUUGGGAAUUCUUAAUGUCAGUCCUUAGACAAUAUGGUUUUUCAGAGAAGUUUUGCAAUUGGAUUAAAAUUCUUCUUCGGACAACAAAAAUUUCAAUAAUCUUGAAUGGUGGACCUAUUGGUUAUUUCGGUGUGGGUAGAGGAGUUAAAUAA